CUUGGUCACAGCCAGCAGUCUGCCACCAGGACUUACCCACCUGCCUGCACCAUGAAGCAUGUGCUCUCUCUCCAGUUCCUGCUGGUACUCUGCCUAGCGCCGCAGCUGGUACCAGGGAGUCCCAAGACGCGUAUUCUGAAGUAUAUCCUGGAACCUCCACCCUGCAGAUCAGAACCUGAAAACUGUGAUAAAUUCUGUACAUUGCCGGAAGAUUGCCAGGAUGGACUUCAGUGCUGCUCUGCCUUCUGCGGGAUAAUCUGCACAUUAAACAAACCUCCAAAGAGCAAAAAACAAAAACCUAAGCUUUAGGAAUCACCAGGCCUGAGGACUGAGGCAUGUUUCCUGGAACGUCAUGAACCUGAGGAUUAUCACACUGAAGGGAUAUACUCGGCGUCAGCCUGCUGGCAAAAGGUGGAAUUCAAACCCAAGGCUGACCUGAUGAUGUGAGGCAUCUCCUCAGUUCUCAGAGCCCCGGCCUGUCCAUCUGGAAACUGAAGAUGGCCCCUUAUUGGACCGGUAAUGGCAUGGUGGUCAGGAUGCUAGACGCCCACGUGGAUGACUGCAGUACGAGUCCCAGACCUAACAGCUUACAUUCUCACUUUCCCACUCUCUCUGUAUCUCUC